CUCGAGGUGAUGGCGGGAGCGGCUUGAAAGGUGGAUGUUGUUUUAGUCUCAGCUGGUUCCUCGUGGCGUUCAGGUCACCUUCUCCUCCUCCUCCUCGCCGUGCCGUCUGCAGCGUGCCGCCCAGCCAGUCUGCCAGUGCGCGUGCGGCGUAACACAGCGUUCCAAAGUCAUGACACUGCCGCUCCAACCCCAUACCCUGGCAGCGGCGGUGGCGGGGUCGUCCAGGUGGGCAGGUCUUCUGCAGGUGACAGUGCUGCUGGCUACCUAUACCUUCACUCAGCAAGCGACAAUUGGCGAUGGGCGAAUCAGUCUUUACACGGGCCGCCCCAUCAACGGGUCGCUGUCGUCGCCGUCGCCAGGGUCGUGUGAGGUGGACGGGAACUACUACCCCAGCGAGACGGCCAUCCCGCGAGACCAUCCCUGCCACUACUGCAUAUGCUACAGGUCCCAGGUCACGUGUUACUGGAAGCAGUGUGCCGCGGCGCCCUUAGACUGCGCCGUUAUGCACUUCGAGAACGUGUGCAACCCAUCCCUCUACAUGUGCAACAUCCCUGAGAAGGCUCGCCCACAACCCAUCAGGAAAUACGGCGACAGAAUCUCCUCCCUUCGUCGCCGCCGCCAACCCCGCUCCCCCGCCUUCUCUUCCUCCUCCUCCCUCCGCAGCCCCCCCCUCGCCCCCUUCGACGAGCCGUUUCCCGUGGAGCUCGACGAGAAAUUCCUAUCAAGAGCGCUAAGAGAGGCUCGUUGGCUGGAGAGAAGUCACAGCAAAGCGGAUCCUGGAGAACACCAAGACGAGGACGAGGUGGAGGACGAAAUAGGAGGAGGACGAGAAGACGAUAGUAGAAGAAAACGGGAGAUAGGCAACCCGCUGUACCGCAAGGCAGGAGACCACGACCACCACCACGACCACCCCCACGACGACCACCACAAUAACGACAACCAUAUCCACGUGCCCAAGGAUAAGAGUUGUACCAUUUUGGGCGUGCGAUACAACCUGGGCGAAGUGAUUGGUGUGGCCUCGGACGUGUGUAUGGAGUGCAGGUGUGCCGCGGGGAAGAUGUUCUGCAGCCCGCGAUGUUGCUUCCUCCCCUCGCCCCUCAGCCUCACCAUAGCCCUCCUCCAGGACCUCGCCGGCAACCCACCGCCCCCCGCCCGCCCCCACCCCCUCCACUACAUCAGAAACCAGAUAUCCACCCGCUGAGAGGAGGAAACGAGGGGGGCGGGGGAGACAGUGAGAUGAGAAGAGAGGAAGGCAGGAAGGAAGGAAGGAAGGAAGACAGGGAAGAGGACAGAGGAAAGAAGGAAGGAAGAAAGACAGAAACAAUAGGGAAAGGAGAGAUGAGAAGGGAAGGAGGAAAGGAAGUAAAGAAUGAGAACAAUGGAAGGAAAAGAAAUGAAGGGAGAAGAGAAGAAGGAAGGGAGGAUGGAAAACAGAAAUGAGAGAAGAGGAGAGGAAGGAUGACAAGAGUUGAGAUGAGAACAGAGUAAAGAGGGAAGAAAGGAAGGAAAGAAGGGACAAAGGCAGAGAGAAGAGGAAGAGAGUGAGGGAUGAGAAGAGAGGAGAGGAAAAAAGAAAGGAAGACAUAUGAGAAGAUAGAUAGGAAGGAAGUGGAGGAAAUGAGGGAGGGACAGAUAUGAGAAGAGAGGAGAGGAAGAUAGGAAGUAGAACAUAGAAAUCAGAGAAAAGGAUGGAAGGAAGGAAGGAAGGAAGGAAGACAUGAAAAGAGAGGAAGGAAGAAAGGAAGACAGAAGAGAAGAGAAGGAUGGAAGGAAGGAAGAAAGGAUGAGAGAAAGGAAGGAAGGAAGCACAAAGAAUGAAGAUGUAUGAUAGGAAGGAAAGAAAAAAGAAAAAAGUUAGUCGAAGUAAAACCCGGAAGAAUUAAUAGGAAAGAAAGCAGGAAAAAAGGGGAAGGAAAAAAACGUGUAAGGAAAAGUGUUAGGAAGAAAGAAAAAGAAAAGUUAGAAAAUUAAGAAGGAAGUAAGGAAGCAAGGGAGAUGAAAACAAGAAUCGAACGAAGAACGAUCGAAAUAAAAGGAAGGAAGAAAGGAAAGAGGAGUAAAUAUGAGAAGUGAAAAGGAAGGAAAGAAGGGAGGGAGGAAGGGAGAAAGAAGGAAGAACGAAUGGGAGGCUAUUGACGAAAGAGAAGAAAGAAAAAGAAGAUGUAAGCAGAAUAGAAAACGGAGGGUGAAUUGGAGGAGGAAACCAAGACAGGAAGAAAGAUUGGAGGAAAGGAAAAAGAAUAAGAAAAAAAAGUAUGAGGUGGAAAAACAAGAACGGGAAGAGGAGGAAAAUGGAGUAUACGCAUGUAAAUAAUAACAAUAAUAAUAAUAAUAAUGUUGAUAAUAAAAUAAUAAUAACAAUAAUGAUAAUAAUAAUAACAGUAAUUUCUUAGCUAUAUAAGUAUACCACGUUGAUUACUUUCCAAUUCUUUUACUACAUCUCUUUUCCCUUCGUGUAACCAUUCGUUCAUCUGUAUUGUGUAUAUUUGUAAGCUCUUUUGUGUUAUUUUCUUGCAUUUUCAAGUGUAUAUUUUUUUUUCUUUCUCCACUUUCUCUUACCUACUUCUCCAUGUCAGCUUCAUUAUUUUAUCUGUCAAGUCAUAUCUAAGUCCCACAAUUGUAUAUCUUACGGUCACGUCCCAAGCUCUCCCUCACUAAGAGCGUAUUCCACAGUCCAACACCGUGUCUUCGUAACAGCCCGAAGCAAACCAUACAAUCCCACACAGUCCACAAUGGUGAGGUUUUCUGCUCACCACGAGGCACACAAGAGCUUACCCGUGUAGUUUCCUCACAUUUCUGCACUUAUAUAUGAACGCCAAACACUGCACGAGGAAUUACCGUAGUCUUUGGUAUUGGUUUGGGAACGUGCUAAUCCACUGUGGCGGACUGUGAAAGAGGCCCUAGAAGACAUCACUUAAUAUCAACCCUAAAAAAAAAGAGGUCAGGUUCUAGACCAAUAUCCCCUUUCGUAGACUCCACACACUUCCAGUACUUUAUGCCUUGGCCUAUUUGUGCUGUACUAUUACUCAGAGGGAAAUAUGUACGUUAAGUGUAGCCAUUAACCCGUGAAAGUGGUUUAUAGAGUAUAGAACUCGUAUGUAUCGGGGCCACAGAGUUACCAGAUUGCCCUAUUCAGCAUUCUGCACUUGUCGUUUCCAGACCCAAAGCCAGUCACACACAUACAUAUCGAUUUUCAGCUCUAGUUAAAGUUAAAAUAGUUAGUUACUGAUGUUUAUUGUAAUAGCUACGGGUCACAAACUCUGGUAACGCUGACCGGGGCCUGGCUGACUGAUUUUAAUAGUAUUGGAAUUGAUGUCACGGGAAUCGCCGAGGAAGGGAGAGCUUGUAUACUAUGGGCGUCUGGCAUUUAUAUUUGUCUUGUUCGUUAUCACUGUUGUAUGUUGUUGUAUACGACAAGAAAUACACCAAAGAUUGAUUCUA